AUGCCACAGACGCUCGUUACUACUUCCGGGUCUCUAUCCUCCGCCUCUCUCUCCUCCGCCUCUCUCUCCUCCGCCUCUCUCUCCUCCGCCUCUUCCUCUCCUCCGCCUCUCUCUCCUCCUCCGCCUCUCUCUCCUCCGCCUCUCUCUCUCUCUCCGCCUCUCUCUCCUCCGCCUCUCUCUCCUCCGCCUCUCUCUCCCUCCGCCUCUCUCUCCUCCCCCUCUCCCUCCUCGCCUCUCUCUCCUCCGCCUCUCUCUCCUCCGCCUCUCUCCUCCUCCGCCUCUCUCUCCUCCGCCUCCCCUCCUCCGCCUCUCUCCCUCCGCUCCCUCUCCGCCUCUCUCUCCUCCGCCUCUCUCUCCUCCGCCUCUCUCUCCUCCGCCUCUCCUCCUCCGCCUCUCUCUCCUCCGCCUCUCUCUCCUCCGCCUCUCCCUCCUCCGCCUCUCUCUCCUCCGCCUCCCCUCCUCCGCCUCUCUCUCCUCCGCCUCUCUCUCCUCCGCUCUCUCUCCUCCUCCUCUCUUCUCCUCCGCCUCUCUCCUCCGCCUCUCCCUCCUCCGCCUCUCUCUCCUCGCCUCUCCCUCCUCCGCCUCUCUCUCUCUCCUCCGCCUCUCUCUCCUCCGCCUCUCUCUCCUCCGCCUCUCUCUCCUCCGCCUCUCCCUCCUCCGCCUCUCCCUCCUCCGCCUCUCCCUCCUCCGCCUCUCUCUCUCCUCCGCCUCUCCUCCUCCGCCUCUCCCUCCUCCGCCUCUCCUCCUCCGCCUCUCUCUCCUCCGCCUCUCUCUCCUCCGCCUCUCCUCUCCUCCGCCUCUCCCUCCUCCGCCUCUCUCCUCCUCCGCCUCUCUCUCCUCCGCCUCUCUCUCCUCCCGCCUCUCUCUCCUCCGCCUCUCUCCUCCUCCGCCUCUCUCUCCUCCGCCUCUCUCCUCCUCUCUCUCCUCCGCCUCUCCCUCCUCCGCCUCUCUCUCCUCCGCCUCUCUCUCCUCCGCCUCUCCCUCCUCCGCCUCUCUCUCCUCCGCUCUCCCUCCUCCGCCUCUCUCUCCUCCGCCUCUCUCUUCUCCGCCUCUCUCUCCUCCGCCUCUCUCUCCUCCGCCUCUCCCUCCUCCGCCUCUCCCUCCUCCGCCUCCCUCUCCUCCGCCUCUCCCUCCUCCGCCUCUCUCUCCUCCGCCUCUCUCUCCUCCGCCUCUCUCUCCUCCGCCUCUCUCUCCUCCGCCUCUCUCUCCUCCGCCUCUCUCUCCUCCGCCUCUCUCUCCUCCCGCCUCCCCUCCUCCGCCUCUCCCUCCUCCGCCUCUCUCUCCUCCGCCUCCCCUCCUCCGCCUCUCUCUCCUCCGCCUCUCUCUCCUCCGCCUCCCCUCCUCCGCCUCUCUCUCCUCCGCCUCUCUCUUCUCCGCCUCUCUCUCCUCCGCCUCUCUCUCCUCCGCCUCUCCCUCCUCCGCCUCUCCCUCCUCCGCCUCCCCUCCUCCGCCUCUCCCUCCUCCGCCUCUCCCUCCUCCGCCUCUCUCUCCUCCUCCGCCUCUCUCUACUCCGCCUCUCCCUCCUCCGCCUCUCCCUCCUCCGCCUCUCUCUCCUCCGCCUCCCCUCCUCCGCCUCUCUCUCCUCCGCCUCUCUCUCCUCCGCCUCUCUCUCCUCCGCCUCUCUCUCCUCCGCCUCUCUCUCCUCCGCCUCCCACACUGCACCUAAACUAUCCCCUCCUCCGCCUCUCUCUCCUCCGCCUCUCUCUCCUCCGCCUCUCUCUCCUCCGCCUCUCCCUCCUCCGCCUCUCUCUCCUCCGCCUCUCCCUCCUCCGCCUCUCCCUCCUCCGCCUCUCUCUCCUCCGCCUCUCUCUCCUCCGCCUCUCCCUCCUCCACCUCCCCUCCUCCGCCUCUCCCUCCUCCGCCUCUCCCUCCUCCGCCUCUCUCUCCUCCGCCUCUCUCUCCUCCGCCUCCCCUCCUCCGCCUCUCCUCCUCCGCCUCCCCUCCUCCGCCUCUCUCUCCUCCGCCUCCCCUCCUCCGCCUCCCUCUCCUCCGCCUCCCCUCCUCCGCCUCCCCUCCUCCGCCUCUCUCUCCUCCGCCUCUCUCUCCUCCGCCUCUCUCUCCUCCGCCUCUCUCUCCUCCGCCUCUCUCUCCUCCGCCUCUCUCUCCUCCGCCUCUCUCUCCUCCGCCUCUCUCUCCUCCGCCUCUCUCUCCUCCGCCUCUCUCUCCUCCGCCUCUCUCUCCUCCGCCUCUCUCUCCUCCGCCUCUCCCUCCUCCGCCUCUCUCUCCUCCGCCUCUCUCUCCUCCGCCUCUCUCUCCUCCGCCUCUCUCUCCUCCGCCUCUCUCUCCUCCGCCUUCCUGCUGCCCUAA